AUGUCAUUAGAUGAUCCUCAAAUAAUAGAUGAUGAACAAGAAGAUGAAAAACUAUCGGAUCAUGAUAAUGAUAAAUCAUUAUCAAGUUUAACAAGUGAUUCAUCAAAUGAAUGUCCAUAUAAUGAUGAUAUAGCUUCAAAAGUUAGUACAGCAUUUGCUAAAGCAACUGGUAUUGAUAUUGAAUUUGCUAUUCAAUUACUUAAAGAUCAUGGGUGGAAUAUUGAUCAAGCUUUAAAAGCUACAUAUGAAGCUAAAGAACAUGCUCAAUUAAUAGUGAAUACGAAACAAAAUUGGAAAGAUUCAAAUGAAAAAUAUUUUAAAAUUUUAUCAUGGAAUACUGAUACAACAGAUACUGAUGAAGUUGAAUUCAAUGAAUUAAUUCAACAACGAACAGAAACUAUGAUUGAAAUUUUACUUCGAGAAAAACCUGAUGUUAUUCUUUUACAACAAGUUGGAACAUUUGCAUUAACAUUAAUCAUAACAUGCCUUUCAUCAUUAUAUGAUGAUGAAUCAAUUCAAAUUGAUUCAUCCAAUAAUUCAAAUUAUAUAUCAAUAUUUACACGAAAAUCAAGUAUUAAAAAGAAAAAUGUAUCAAUUAUUAAAAAUUCUGAAAAUUGGAAUAUGCUUAAAAUUGAAAUUGAAUAUAAAAAUUCAAUUAAUAUUGAUUUAUUUAAUGCUUUUAUUGAUGAAAAUACAUAUUCAUAUUGUUUCGAACAAAUUAAUAAAACUAAUCCAAAUCAUAUUAUCUUAUUCGGUAUCAGUAGUCAAAUUUCAGAUACAUUUUGGAAUUCUCACAUAAUUAAUCUUGAUGACUUAUGGGAAAAGACAAAUCAACGACCUGAAACAACAUAUACAUUUGAUCCUGAAUUAAAUUCAAAUAUAAAUGGAAAUAAUAAACCUCAACGUUAUGAUAGAAUUUUCUUUCGAUCAUUAACAUCAAUGAAUAAUCAAUUUAAACCUGUUCAUAUGGAAUUAGAAGGUAUUCAACAUAUCAAAACAUCAGAUAUUGUUUUUCCAUCUACUCAUUGGGCAAUUCAAGGUUAUUUUGAUGUUAAUAAUUAA